CGCAGGGAGGGUUGGUGGCUCCCUUCCCACCUUUUCGCUCAUUUGUAAAUUUUCAGUGAGGAAAUCGAUUAAUGUUCAUUGGUUCUAAGAGGCCAGGCUUAGUGAUGCUGCCAGGGGAAGGAUAGCAACCAUUAGGAACAGACAAAUAAAUAAAUAUUCAGUCUCAGUUGCCUUCCUGUGAGCAUCACAACCUGCAGCACAAAGGAGAUAAUGGCAGAUCCUUCAGUGGUGGAUCACCUGACACGACUGAAACUCAAACUCCUGGAAAAGAGACUAGAAAAUGAACAGGAGAACCUAGAGAAGAUGGACUUGUCUCUCCCAGCUGCAAGGAACAGACCUCAGGACAUGCUCCAAAGUGCCCUGAGGCAAAGGAAAGAUCUGCUGCAGGAGCUUAGGGAGCAGCACCUUCUGGAAGAGCUUUCACAGCCACCUGCACCAGAUGGGGGACCCUGCCAUGACCACAGAGCUGCCCUCCCACAAAUCUACCAGAUCCCUUUUCCAGCUUCCCAAGUGGAGCCACCAAGGAUUAUCCAGCAGACAAUGCCAACUCAGCCUGCCACCAUCAUCCAGCAGCUGCCUCAGCCCUCCCCUCUGAUCACACAGAUUCCCCCAGCCCAGCCCUUUGCAGCCCCCCGCUCUGGAAGCAUUAAAGAAGAUAUGGUGGAGAUGAUGCUGAUGCAGAAUGCUCAGAUGCACCAGAUCAUGAUGCAGAACAUGAUGCUGAAGGCUCUGCCACCGACGCUGCUCACACAGCUUGGGGGGGUCAGCUCUGCCCCGCUCCAGCACACGCAGCAGGACCUGCAGCUCGCUGCUCCCCUGGCUGUGAGAGCAGAGAGGCCCAAGGCACCUGUGGUGCACCACCACCACCAUUACCCUCCCACGGGGGUGUUCCCAGUGCCCCCCAGGAGCUUUCUGCCCACGCCCACAGAGCAGCACUGGACUGGCAGCUCUGCCCAGCCAAUGUGGCCCACAUACUGACAGUACAGGAUCUUCUGCAAGUGGACCAUAGCCUUUCUAAAACCAAUAAAUCCUGCUGUUCUUCCUCA